AUGACUGGACGUGGCAAGGGUGGCAAGGGCCUCGGCAAGGGCGGCGCGAAGCGUCACCGGAAGAUUCUUCGUGACAACAUUCAGGGUAUUACCAAGCCCGCUAUUCGGCGUCUUGCUCGUCGUGGCGGUGUCAAGCGUAUCUCAGCUCUCAUCUAUGAGGAGACACGUGGUGUUCUGAAGUCCUUCCUUGAGGGCGUCAUCCGCGAUGCGGUCACGUACACUGAGCAUGCCAAGCGGAAGACAGUCACGUCUCUUGACGUCGUCUACGCAUUGAAGCGGCAGGGCCGCACCCUGUAUGGUUUCGGUGGUUAA